UCCUUGCGUUUGUUGUGCUUUCACUUCGCUACCGUCCGUCCGUGUUUAUAUUUUUGCAUUCCGAAACUAAUUGGGUUUAGUUCAGUGAAAUAAAUUCUCAUUAAAACUGUUAGGCUAAAUUAAUAAAAGCUUACGACGGUGCAUGAAAAUGUCUUUCUUUGGAAACACGACUUCUACUGGACUGGGACAAACAAGCACUCCGGCAAAACCCGGCUUUGGAAACUUUUCCUUCAAUGCACAGACCUCAACGCCGGCAUUUGGAGCGAAUGCCACCAGUUCGGCAGCGUUGCCAUUCGGUGGCCAAGCUAAUACCAGCACUAAUACCGCUUUUGGAGGCUUCGGAACAGCGGCGACGGCUGCCCCGGCAGUCGCCAGUACAUCAGCGUUUAGCUUUGGUACCAACACGGCCACAGCAACCCCGGCGUUUGGUUUUGGAACGACCGUAUCAACAGCUGCUCCAACCGCGUUCGGUGGUUUUGGAACAGCAACUACUUCAGCAUCUACUGGAUUUGGAGGAUUUGGUGCCACAACAACCACAAGCGCACCCGCUUUCGGUGGUUUCGGUGGAUUCGGGACGACAGCGACUAGCUCGGCCCCUUCGCUGUUUGGUCAGACAAACACAAACACCGGCGGCACUGGUUUUGGUGGCUUUGGAACUUCCUCUUUUGGCACUGGCAGCGCUUUCGGUCAACAACAAGCGGUCAACACUGCUGGCGGAUUGGGUUUCGGUCAGAGCUUUCAACAGCAGCAGCAACAACAACCGCCGGCUCUAACACCAGAAGAAGCAUUUGCACAGUCGAUUUUCAAUGUGUCCAUUUUCGGUGAUGAACGCGAUACCGUACUUGCCAAAUGGAAUUACCUGCAAGCCAUGCUCGGUACGGGGAAAGCAUUUUAUUCGCACCACAAUGCUCCGGUGGACAUAACACCGGGAAACUAUUUGUGUCGUUUCAAAACGAUGGGUUAUACAAAGUUGCCAGGGAAAGAUAAUAAGGUGGGUCUAGUGGGAUUAACGGUUAACAAAACGGCCGGUCAAAUAGAAGAUCAGCAGCCACAGUUGAUUGCAAGUUUGAAUCAAGUUCUCGGCAAUAAACCGAAUUUUGCAAUUAACAUUGACAGCGUGAAACCAGUUGGGGACGCUAAAUCGCAAGUAAUCCUCUACAUCGAAGAAAAAGCUAUGAAUUCCAAUGAAACCAAAAGAAUACUAGCUACUGAGGUGGCCAACUAUUUCAAUCAACCAACACCCAAACAACAGCUAACUUCACUAGGGGUUGAAAGCAUUGUCGCGUUAGUUCUCCCCGAAGAGGAUCAACUCAAGGAAUACCUAGACAACCCACCGAAGGGAAUAGACCCACGCAUGUGGCAACAGGCAAAGAUCGACAAUCCGGACCCGAAACGAUUCAUUCCGGCACCGAUGAUCGGUUUUCAAGAACUCAAGUGGCGCAUUAAGUGCCAGGAUACUGAAACGGACAUUCACGUAUCCUACCUUGCGAAGGAGGAAAAAGAAAUAGAGCAGCUGAAGCAAAGACACACUAACACAACCGCUAAAAUAAUGGAGCACCGGCGAAAAUUUGCCGAGCUCAGCCAUCGGAUACUGAAGAUUAUCGUCAAACAGGAGAGCACUCGAAAAAUGGGAUUAACACUGUCACCUGAGGAGGAAAUCAUACGCAGCAAGUUGGAGAACAUGCACGCUUUGGUUUCUACUCCGACACAGUUCAAGGGCAAAUUGAGCGAGUUACUUUCGCAGAUGAGAAUGCAACGCAACCAGUGGGCCCAUGCUGGAGGAGCCAACGAAUACACGUUGGAUAAAGAAUCUUCAGAAGAAAUGAAAAGCUUCCUUACUAUGCAACAGAAAGCGAUGGCAUUUCUGGUGGAGACUGUCAAUAAAGACCUGAAAGACCUCAAGGUGAUUUCGGAUGGAAUGUCUCGACUGAUACAGAGCUAGGCUGGUACGUGAAGGUAGGUCUGUUUGUUUAAAUUAAAAAGCGAGAAAAUUAAGUAAAAUACAUAUGGCUUCGAAGAAGA